AUGUCACAAACACACGUCCUCGUCAUUGAUACGCGCAUGUUCCCCAAAGGCGCCUUCAUCAAAGACAUGGAAGCGAUUGAAACAUUCUAUCUCUACUCGGGAGAACUACGGCAAGUACGUCGACGGAGAUUGUCGGGAAAGUACUUUGGAGAGUAUCUCUCGCAAGGGAGGCUCGAUGUCAGCGGGCAGUGCCAUCAGGCAUCAAUGCAGCAACUCAUCGACGCUGGCCUCUUCGCGCUGUGCCCCAGACUAGACGACAAAGACCGGUGGGAGCGUUGGGCGUUGCCAGUCCUCGACAUCCGAAAGGAAAUCAAGGGCGCAUCCAUACCUGCCGACAAGGAGGCAGUUCGACGAGCCAUCGCCGUAGCCCAGACCCUCCUCGACGGGUUCCGUUCCAUGUUCGGCGAUGAAGAACUGGCCGCGUUGGAUAUUGCGAAUAUGGAGUUUGAUUCCGAGUCGGAACGCAUGCCCGAGAUGAAGGUAUACGAGGACAUGAUGAAGGCAAUCCAUCAUUGUCACGCCCAAGCCGCUGUUGUUAGAGGCGUAGGAGACGCCGACGGGUUGGCAGAUCGCUCUAAAGGCAUGAAGAUAAGCACCAGCGCGGCACACGCCACCGUCGACAUCGUCUUUGUCCACGACUUGAAUGGCGACCGUGAAAAGACAUGGACCGCGCACGAUACCUCCGAGGCCUGGCCCAGGGCCCUCCUCCCAUCCGAGCUUCCUACUGCGCGUGUCCUUACGUUCGGGUACGAUGCAUAUGCGGCGGACUGGCGAGGAGUGGUGUCGCAGAACCGGAUUGGAAACCACGCGUGGAAUUUGCUGUUGUCGCUUGCGACGUACUGAGAGAGG